CCGGGUCCCUCUAGGUGGGAGCAGCCGGUGGCCCUGCUAGCCUGGCGGGUCCUCCGUGCAUCCUCUGUGCGCCUUCAUUUUCCAAGAGGGGCGUUAACCUCCCCGGGUGGAGCCGGAGCGCUGCGCCCGCAGCAGUGACUAGAAGUUUUGGAUUUAUGAUUCUGUUUUGUCGUUCGGUUGGUGGAAGAUGUUGGUAUUUCUCUGUACCUCUAAAGGAGUACUUUUGCAAGAAAUUUGAAUGACUUGGUUCAUCUGAAAUGCUAUCUAUUCCCCCCCCUCAGGUGCUCCUAGCUCUGUUUUCCAUGACAGAUCUUGACGACAAUACGUGCAAAAAGUAUAUAAAGAUGAUUACCAAUAUAGUAAUAUUGAGCCUGAUCAUUUGCAUUUCCCUAGCAUUCUGGAUUAUGUCAAUGACUGCUAGCACCUAUUAUGGUAACCUGCGGCCCGUCUCUCCAUGGCGCUGGCUCUUCUCCGUUGUUGUUCCUGUCGUGAUCUCCUGUAACGGCUUUAAAAAGAAAAGCCUAGAUCACAGUGGGGCUUUAGGAGGGCUGGUGGUCGGCUUCAUCUUAACCAUUGCAAAUUUCAGCUUCUUUACCUCUUUGCUGAUGUUUUUCCUUUCAUCUUCAAAACUCACGAAAUGGAGAGGGGCAGUGAAGAAACGCCUAGACGCAGAGUACAAGGAAGGAGGACAAAGGAAUUGGGUCCAGGUGUUCUGUAAUGGAGCCGUGCCCACCGAGCUGGCCCUGCUCUACAUGAUAGAAAAUGGCCCCGGGGAAAUGCCCAUAGACUUUUCCAAGCAGCACACUGCUUCCUGGAUGUGUUUGUCUCUCUUGGCCGCUCUGGCCUGCUCUGCCGGAGACACGUGGGCUUCUGAGGUUGGCCCAGUUCUGAGUAAAAGCUCGCCUCGACUGAUAACAACGUGGGAGAAAGUUCCAGUUGGAACCAACGGAGGAGUCACAGCUGUGGGACUGGCCUCUAGUCUCCUCGGCGGUACCUUCGUGGGCCUGGCCUACUUCCUUACGCAGUUGGUGUUUGUGAACGACUUAGACAUCUCUGCUCCGCAGUGGCCCAUUAUUGCAUUUGGAGGUCUGGCUGGCUUAUUCGGAUCCAUUGUGGACUCCUUGUUAGGGGCCACAAUGCAGUUCUCUGGUCUGGACGAGAGCACGGGCCUGGUGGUCAGUAGCCCAACCCAGGAGACCAAGCACAUAGCAGGGAAGCCCAUCCUGGACAACAACGCAGUGAAUCUGUUCUCCUCGGUUUUGGUGGCCCUGUUACUCCCGACAGCUGCUUCGGGGUUUUGGCCCAGAGAGUGAACUUCCUUUCCUUCUCAACCAGUUGAUACUGGUGAGACCAGCCAGACUUGCAAGGUGAAGGUGUUUUUUUUUUUUCAGUGAUUAGUAAAUUCAGGGGCCUUGGGAAUGUCGGUGCUGCUGCGGCACACCGCGAGCCCCUUCAGCUCCCGCAGCAGCUGCUGUCUUUCUGGUGGGAGGGGAAAUGCAUACGAGUUGUUCACACUCGUCCGUCCGCUGUGGAUGAAGCUUCGUGGACAACGGAACUGCUCUUCUUUCCCUCUGUGGCCGAACUGAAACAUCAUAUGUUCCCUGUAAAAUGUACUAUGUUCAGCUUCCAAAAGCAGUGGGUUGACAGUUCAAAAUGGUUCCCAUUUGUACAGAGACUUAACCACUAUGGUAGUUGCCCCAAAGUUAGAGCUGCUUUAAAUGACUUAACCCAUACACAUGGAAGUCCAAAGAAGUAACUCUCUUGAACGUCUCUGGUUACCUUCUUAGUCACAGCUGUGGAAAAUGCAGGCACUGCUGGCUCCAGACUUUCGUCCUUUCUCCCAGUUACUGAUGUGUCACUGUUUGGGUACAUUUCUUUUACAUCACAUUAGAAAGUAUGGAAAAAAUCAUUUUUACCAGAAGAAAUUGUAUAAAUUUGCACCUUUUGGAUGAAGUCGUAGCUCAGCGCUGGCACUUGUCUUGUAUGCUUGGUACCCAGGUUUAGAUGCCCAGCACUGAAAGGAAAUCACCUUAUGCAUUUAUAUCUCUGAAAUACACCCUACUGCUGUGUGGAAGUUUAGUUUCCUUUCAUUGACCUUUGACCUUAAUUUUGUAAGUGCCCGGAAGUGCUGCGAUUUCCCACUGUGAGCCUUCUCCACCCCCUCGUUCCUUUCCUUUGUCGCCUUGGGCUAAGAGAGCUCUGACUGCUCUGUGUCUUGCCGUGUACAGAGGUUUUGAAGGGGUGAGUCAUUUUAUUAAACGUUUCCUAAAAUG